AUGGCAACAUCAUCUAAUUCUAGGGAAAAAUAUAUCAUGAAAGAGUCGAAUGAGCUGAUGAGAAAGUUUCCAUCGAAAAGGCUUGAUGUGUCUUUUAGAAAUUCCCAUACACUUCUUCCUUCACUCACCUAUAUCCCUAUCGAUCAACAAAAUGCUCCUAGUCCUCUUGAGUCUUUGUUCAUGUUUAAACAACCCCAACGAACUCCAUCCAACAUCUGUUUCGAAUACGGGUGGAGGAAUCCUCAGCACAAUUGGUCCUUAUGGGUGCGAAACAUGCAUUCAAGAUUCCAGGAUGUGUGGAGAAGAGCUGGUAUCUAUGAUUCCAUAUGUGGUUCCGUUUACCAAAUCCAUAAAAACCUAGAUUUAUUGUUUGUUUUCGGGGAGAAAUGGUGCCCGAAAACUAACACAUUCGUCUUUCCAUGGGGUGAAGCAACGAUCACCUUAGAGGAUGUGUUGGUUUUAGGAGGUUAUUCCCUACUAGGUGAAUGUGUAGUAACUUCAGCUUUUCUUGUUUCAGAAGAUGAAGUAAGAAUAGACGAUCGAUUAAUGGAAGCUUAUACGGAAGGAGUGAGAACUCCAAAUCGCAAAACCACUCAUUCUUGGUGGUUAGAACAAUUUAUGGGGAAGGGUAGCGACGUUGAACAUGAAGCCUUUCUCGCUCUAUGGCUGUCGCGAUAUGUCUUCCCAGGGAGUUUGAAUAACAUGAUAAAGGAAGUCUUCCCCUUAGCGAUUCGUCUUGCUCGGGGUGUACAAGUUUGCUUUGCUCCUGCUGUACUCGCUAGCAUCUAUAGAGAUCUACGUUCACUCAAAAAUGCUAUAUUAGAAAUGAAGGAUGGAGAUUCUCCGCGAGUUAAAAUUCAAGCACCUUUCUUAUUAGUUCAACUUUGGGUAUGGGAACGAUUCCCCACCUUGCAACCAAGGCCUAAAGCGAUAAGGCAUGGGGAACCGAGGAUAUCUCGUUGGGGCUCGACUAGUAGAGGAUUUAGCGUUCAGGAAAUACAAUUGGCUAUCCGUGUUGCAGCGCCCGAUUUCUUGUGGCGUCCUUAUGCCAAGGCUGUGGACGGGUUUCUGCCGCCCGCAUUUUACAGUGAGGAACAAGAGUUGGAAUUGAUUGGGCAAAAUGUAAGUGGAAAAGCUUGGUUACUUGUUUUGUGCAUAAGGCCAAGUGUGUUGGUCGGGCUAAAAGGGCGGCUUGAACACUAUUUUCCACAUCGAGUGGCAAUGCAAUUUGGAUAUGAUCAAGAUAUUCCAGCAACCAUAGAGUUCAAAGCUGAGAAUUAUAUUGUAGCUUGGAGAGAUUUUACAAGAAGAGUUGAAGACAGGAGCCUCUACAUUCCAUCAAAAAACUUUGUGGCUGGUGUUACUGAUAGAUAUGAUACAUGGUGGAAAGUGUUUAUUCAAUGCUGUAGGAUUAAGGGUUUAGAUAUAUUAAGAGCAUAA